AUGGCGCCAAAGGCCGAAGGUAGGAAGAAGAAAGAUCCUAAUGCUCCAAAACAACCUCUUUCGGCAUAUUUCCUGUGGUUAAGCGAGAAUCGAGAAAGAAUCAAGAGUCAGCAUCCUGAGGCAAAGAUAACCGAGAUCUCAAAAAUCGCUGGAGCUGAAUGGGGUCAGAUCAGCGAUAAAACGGCGGUUACUGAUCAAGAGUUUUAUGCAAAAUGGAGUUUUUCUGAAACAGGUGGAUUUGGUCUCUGGUCAUCGUUAUCGCUUAGUUUUAAUGGUAGGGUCUUAAAUACCUGA